UACAUCACAAGACAGCUACUAUCAUGCUGACUUUCCAUCAAAUAAUGCUGUAGAUGGCAACAGAGAUAUUAACUGGUAUACAGGAACAUGUAUCCACAGUGUUGAAACAUAUCAGUAUCACUACUGGACUGUACAGUUUGACAAAGAAUAUUUAGUCAACAGAUAUGUCUUGUACAGUAGAUCUGAUCAAAAAGUCAUUAGCUGGAUGAACGAUGUCUCGUGUUGUAUGAAUCGUCUCCGAAACUUCACCUUAGUGAGCAGGGAUAACUCUGGUCAAACAGUUUUAACGUACACAGAGACUGCAGACCAGCCUCAGUUCGUUUAUACCGUAACAUCCGAUAGACUCCAGGUUUCCAACGUUACAGUUGAAAUGGCUGAUAAUAUCAUCAACUUUUGCGAAUUUGAAGCUUAUGGUGACUCCAUCUGCCCACCCGGCAAAUUUGGCCUAGAAUGUAACAAAGACUGUCGAUGUAGAAAUGACGAGCCCUGCUUUACAGACACAGGAACUUGUUCUUCAGGAUGUGCUGCAGGUUAUACAGGGAUGGGAUGUCAGACACCAUGUAGUCCAGGAACAUGGGGUGUAGACUGCUUCAACACGUGCAGCAUUAACUGUCUAGAUAUGACGUCAUGUGACCGAAUAACUGGAGCCUGUGUUGGAGGUUGUGUGGAGGGUUAUAAAACACCUACCUGUAACGAUGCCUGUGGUUUUGGAAAAUGGGGAAUAAACUGCUCCAUGUUGUGUAGUUCACAUUGUGGGAGAGAUAAAUCUUGUGACCCAGUAAAUGGUACAUGCAACAGAGGUUGUGGUGAUGGGUAUAGGGCUGGUCCAAACGUUAUACGAAGGUAG